AAGGGUUCUGUUGCCAAGGCAACCGCCACGAGGCCUCCGUUGCCAUGGGGACGGUGGCCGCGGCCUGCUGAAGAAGAAGAAGACCACGAAGCCUAACUCCGGGCAAGAUGUUCGUGUAUUUGAGCAAAAAGAUUACCAUUCCUGGUAAUGUCAGACUGAGAUCUAUUUCUUGGAGCAAGGAUCAGGGUUAUAUUGCCUGUGGUGGUGAAGAUGGUCUGCUGAAAGUUUUAAAAUUAGAGACAAAAACAGAUGAAGCUAAAUUAAAGGGACUUGCAGCACCUAGCAAUCUGUCAAUGAAUCAGUCACUUGAAGGACAUACUGGUGCUGUGCAAGUCGUAACAUGGAAUGAGCAGUAUCAGAAAUUAACUAGCAGUGAUGAGCAUGGUCUUAUUAUUGUCUGGAUGAUGUAUAAAGGUGCUUGGUAUGAGGAGAUGAUCAACAAUAGAAACAAAUCUGUUGUCCGAAGUAUGAGAUGGAAUGCUGAUGGACAGAAGAUCUGUAUUAUAUAUGAAGAUGGUGCUGUUAUCGUUGGUUCUGUAGAUGGGAAUCGGAUUUGGGGAAAAGAUUUGAAAGUGCAGCUCCAUCAUGUUGCAUGGUCUCCAGAUGGCAGAACUUUACUAUUUGGAAUGGCAAAUGGAGAAAUACACAUUUAUGACAAGCAUGGGACUUUUAUGAUGAAAAUGAAAAUGAACUGUUUGGUGAAUGUAACUGGAGCAUUCAGCAUUGCAGGAAUACAGUGGUAUCCUGGAACAGAGGGCUAUGUUGAACAAGACUGUCCUUGCCUUGCUAUUUGUUUUGACAAUGGAAGAUGCCAAAUAAUGAGACAUGAGAAUGAUCAAAAUCCUGUCUUGAUUGACGCUGCAUUGAAUGUUGUGAGUGUCCAGUGGAACCACUGUGGAAAUGUACUGGCUGUUGCAGGACUUCAAAAGAUAACCACACAAGAGAAAGAUGUCAAUGUUGUGCAGUUCUACUCUCCAUUUGGUGAGCAUUUGCGUACACUAAAGGUUCCAGGCAAACAAAUGGCAGCUCUCUCUUGGGAAGGAGGAGGUCUGAAAAUAGGACUAGUUGUUGACCAAUGUAUUUAUUUUGCAAAUAUUAGACCAGACUAUAAGUGGGGUUACUGCACCAAUACAGUGGUCUAUGCAUAUACCCGACCUGAUCGUCCAGAAUACUGUGUGGUCUUCUGGGAUAUAAAAAACAAUGAAAAGUAUUUGAAAUUUGUCAAGAGUCUGAUUUCCAUAACAACCUGUGGGGAUUUCUGCAUUUUGGCAACUAAAGCAGAUGAAAAUCAAAUGCAGGAGGAGCAUGAGACAGAAACUUUUGGUGCAAUGUAUGUCCUUGUUCUUUGCAAUUCUAUUGGUACACCGUUGGAUCCAAAAUACAUUGACAUUGUUCCAUUGUUUGUUACAAUGACUAAAACCCAAGUGAUUGCAGCUUCAAAAGAAGCAUUUUAUAUUUGGCAAUAUCGUGUCGACAAGAAGCUCACAGCGAUGGAAAUUAACCAGGUGGCACGGACUAGAAAAGAAGGCAAAGAGAGGAUUUAUCAUGUAGAUGAUAACCCUUCUGGAGCAGGUGAUGGAGCCCUUGAUUAUGCUAAAGUCCUACAAGGAACAAGAGAUCCAAUUUGUGCAAUAACAGCAUCUGAUAAGACACUUAUUAUUGGACGAGAAUCUGGCACCAUCCAGAGUUACAGGCUUCCCAAUGUUGGCUUAAUUCGAAAGUAUCUUCUAAAUUGUCGACCUUAUCAGUUGUCCCUUAAUUGUACAUCCAGUCGUCUUGCUAUCAUAGACAUGUUAGGAGUGCUGGUUUUCUUUGACUUGGACACACGAGUAGCAGAUGGUUCAGGAAAUCAAGGAGUAGGUGAACUACUGAAACUGGAACGCAGAGAUGUUUGGGAUAUGAAAUGGGCCAAAGAUAAUCCCGAUUUAUUUGCCAUGAUGGAGAAAACAAGAAUGUAUGUGUUCAGAAACCUGGAUCCUGAGGAACCUAUUCAAACUUCUGGAUACAUUUGCAACUUUGAAGAUUUAGAAAUCAAAUCAGUGUUAUUGGAUGAAAUUUUUAAGAAUCCAGAACAUCCAAGUAAGGAUGAUAUGCUUAAUUUUGAAAUUAGAUCAUUACGGGAUGCUCAAGCAAUUCUUAAGGAAGCUGGAAUUGCAGAGUCCACCCAGUUCAUUGAAGAAAACUCCCAUCCAAGACUCUGGCGUCUUUUGGCUGAAACGGCUCUCCAGAGACUUGAUCUCCAUACUGCUGAGCAAGCGUUUGUGCGCUACAAAAAUUAUCAAGGCAUUAAAUUUGUAAAGCGCCUUCAAAAUCUACAAAGUGAAUCACUGAGGCAAGCAGAAGUGGCUGUUUACUUUGGGAAAUUUGAAGAGGCUGAAAGAAUGUAUCUGGAUAUGGACAGAAGAGAUCUCGCAGUUGACUUGCGACUCAAGCUUGGAAAUGGAUUUCGUGUGGUGCAGCUGCUGCAGGCAGGCUCAGGACAUGGCGAUGAUCACCUUCUUGAACAAGCACACAAUGAAAUUGGGGACUACUUUGCAGACAGACAAAAAUGGGUAAAUGCUGUUCCUUAUUAUGUACAAGGCAGAAAUCAUGAACGUUUGGCUGAAUGCUACUAUAUGCUGGAAGAUUAUCAGGCAUUGGAGGAUUUGGCUAGCUCACUUCCAGAAAACAAUAAGUUGCUUCCUGAUAUAGCCCAUAAGUUUGUUACAGUGGGUAUGUGCGAACAAGCAGUAACCGCUUUCCUCAAAUGUAACAGACCAAAGGAUGCAGUCGAUAUCUGUGUAAAUCUCAAUCAGUGGAGUAAAGCUGUUGAACUUGCUAAGCAACACAAUAUGAAAGAGAUUGGUUCCCUUCUAGCUAGAUAUGCCUCUCAGCUACUGGAAAAGAACAAACCCCUUGAUGCUGUUGAGUUGUAUCGUAAAGCCAACUAUUUCUUUGAUGCUGCUAAACUCAUGUUCAAGAUUUCAGACGAGGAAGCUAAAAGAAGAACCAAACCCUUGCGUGUUAAAAAACUGUAUGUCAUGUCAGCUUUACUUGUGGAACAGUAUCACGAACAAAUGAAAAAUGCACAAAGGGGAAAAACAAAAGGAAAAACUUCAGAGGCAACUUCAGCAUUAGCUGGUUUGCUGGAGGAAGAUGUUCUUUCUUCAGACAGUCGCUUAAUCGAUCACGCUUGGCGAGGGGCUGAGGCCUACCAUUUCUUUAUACUUGCCCAGAGACAGCUAUACGAGGGUUAUGUCGAUACAGCCAUGAAGACAGCCCUUCACUUGAGGGAUUAUGAAGACAUUAUUCCAGCCGUGGAGAUCUAUUCGCUGUUGGCCCUCUGUGCCUGCGCCAACAGGGCAUUUGGUACAUGUUCAAAGGCUUUUGUGAAACUAGAAUCUUUAGAAAACCUGACCCAGGAGCAGAGGCAGCCGUACGAAGAACUUGCUCUGCAGAUAUUCACCAAACACUACCCUAAAGAUAACAAAAAGUCAGAACUAGAUGGCCUUCUUGAAGAGGGAGAAGGGAAGCUUCCAACGUGUGUCGCCACUGGGAGGCCCAUUACCGAGUAUCAGUUCUGGAUGUGCAAUAUCUGCAAGCACUGUGUUCAAGCCCAGGAAAUCAGCAACUACAACUUCUGCCCUCUCUGCCACAGCUCAGUAGCCUAUUAGUCACAGGAGACUGUGUUCAUAUCAAUAUGCAUAGCAAAUGCAAUGGGUGAGGUUUGAAAUGUAUAGAAAGGAGGAAGAAUCCCUGAAAUAAAGCCCAUUUAAUGUACUGCCCAUGCCUAUAUAAAGAAUCUGAAUCAUUUCUUCAAAAUAGCCUCAGGGUGGAAAAUCACCAUUUUCAGUGUAAAGAAGGUCAGUGACUUAGCACAAACUCAGUCUUUUUGUGUACAUUACAAACAGUCCUCUCUACUUCAAAAGGUUGGCAUCCUUCAAUUUUAUAUAUGCUAUAUACAUGGAAUUAUUUUUGGAUACUUUGAAGACAGCUUUGAGCUCUUAAAGUAAAAGAUAUUGCGUCAGCAACCAAAUUUAAUAAGCAUUGGUUUCACAAAAACCUAAUUUCUCUCUUUGACACUUUACACUGAAGAGGAAACUCUGCUUACAUUAUGUGUAAAAUAAUUAUGCAUAUACUACUUUCGAAGCACAGUACAGAAAAAGAGGAUGCCGAAAAAUAAGCUCUAAACGCAGAUGUUCUGUUGAAAAGACAUGUGCAUAGAUCAGUGAUAACACCAUGUAAAGCUCUUUUUUAAAAAAUCUGUCCAGUUGGUUGUUUUUCUGGAGAAAGGAGUUUAGGGAUCUGAAUGCAAGCCCAUACUCCAUGCUCUGACCAGAUGUUUUGGUCUUCAACUCCUAGAAAUCCUAACAACUGGUAAACUGGCUGGGAUUUCUGGGAGUUGUAGGUCAAAACACCUGGGGACCCACAGGUUGAGAACAACUGAACAAACAGGACAUGAGCUUUGAAGAGCUUGCAUUCUACUUAGCUCCAUAUUUUGUAUCAGAGAGGGGGCACCUCCUAGAUUCGAAUCCAGUGUGACAUCUCAGUGGAUCAGACCCUCUCACACAUGUUGUGGCCUGUGAGUCUUCAUGAUGUGAGCAAGGUGAAGGCCUUCCUCCCAACAAGCUGCAGCUCGCCUUCUUAUGGCAGUCUGUGGGAUCCUCCAAUAUUCCAGAAUCAAAUAGAGGUGACUUUGAUAAACUUAGUCCUUCUGUCCAGAAAGAAGUGAUUCUGGUGCUACAAAAUCUGUUUGAGUAGCAGUUGGCUUUAGGAUUCACGAGUUUUUGUACAGAAAAAAAUGUAAAGAAACAUGUAUAUUUUUAUAUUUAAUGAUAAAUACAAGCAUAUCUUCUUUCUUUUGUCUAAUAAUUACAGUUACUGAAAUAACACUUUUGGAAGCCAAAUAAAUAUUUCAUUUGUUCA